AUGCGUGAUAUCCGCGCUGUGAUAGACUGCAUCCACCACACCAAGAUCCGCGACCUCGCCCCGCCUCCCCAUCCCUCUCUCGUCCCUACUCCCCCCUCAAUCACCCCUUUUCCUCCUAAUCCAGACGAUGCAGGAUGGCGUGAUGACGUAGCAGCCAGGCUGGCACGAGGUCAGGCCUGCUCCUGUGUCACUGAUAGGCGCGCUAAGGGAGAGGCAAGAGGAGGAGUGGAGGGAGGGCGAGAGGAGGGAGGAAGAGAGGAGGGAGGAGGGAGGGGAGAAGAGUUGAGGGGAAUGGGGAAUGGAAGCGGAGCUGAAACCGCGAGUGCCACAGGAACAUCAGCAGCGGCAGGGGGUGCCGUGGGCGAGGAGAAGCCGUACCAUCUGCAGGCAGUGGCGCACAGCCUGGGAGGGGCAGCUAUGAUGAUCUACCUCCUCACCCAGCUCAUCAGGAGGCAGCCCCACCGCCUCUCCCGCCUCAUCCUGCUCUCCCCCGCUGGGGAGUGCCCCCGGCUCACCUCUCAUGACACCCUUCCGCUCCCUCCCUCCUUCCCUCCCUCUCCCCAUAGGCUAUUAGGAGAAGACCCCCCCAUCUUUGACCUCAUGCUCUUCCUCAUGCCCUACAUUGACUCGUGGCUCUCCCACUCCAAACUCACACCUCUAUGCGCCACCUCCUUUCUUCUCGAUUCCCACUUCCGUCUUCCUCUCGUCCCCUCAGGUUAUCACGAGAAGACCCCUCUCCUAUUCGACACUAUGCUCUUCCUCAUGCCCUACAUCGACUCGUGGCUCUCCCACUCCGUGCCGGUCGUCUACAUCCCCACCCAAGGCCUAUGUCUGCUCUGCUCUGCUCAUAAGGCGCCUCAAAGGUAG